ACCCUAAACCCCAACAUGCCUUCUCUCCUCUCCUCUAACCCCGGCCGGCCGCAGUCUGUCCCUCGGUCUCCCCUCUUCCUCUAAGCUCUCGCUGGCAAAGUCGCAACCUCUCGCCGCCGCCUCUCCUCUCUCCGUCUCCGGCCUCCGCUCGUCCGCCCAGCAACCCAGCUCCGCCUCCCUCGGCAGCGACCCGGCUCCGCUUCUCUCGUUUCCUCGCAGCUCGCCGCCUCCGACCCGCCGCCAAUCUUCGCCGCCGCCGCCCCCUAUCUCGCCCCUUCGCCGUUGGAACCGAGUUUGUGCUGGGAUGGCCGUGAGUCCGAGACGGACCGGCGUGUUUGACGAGGACGAAAUGUCGGAGGAUGAGAUGAAUGAUGUCGGCGAUGAAACUGUUGAUUCCGAAUCGGAAGAAUCGGACGCAGAGGAAGAAGAAGAAGAUGUGAAGUUGCCGGAGGCUAAGGAGAACGCCGUGUACGACAGGGACGGCAUCAUGGAUAAGCUUGGAGACAUGAGCUGGCCGCAGGACGUGCCCUGGAUACACCGGCUCGCCGUCGACGUCGAUCGCCAGCAGGAGCAAGAGGUCGACGUGAACGACGACCUCGCGCGGGAGCUCUCUUUCUAUACGCAGGCGCUCGAGGGGACGAGGGAAGCCUUCGGGAAGCUCCAGUCGAUGGGGCUUCCCUUUCUCAGGUCCUCGGACUAUUACGCCGAGAUGGUGAAGACGGAUUCGCACAUGGCGAAGGUGAAGGGCAGGCUUUUGGCCGAGAAGAGGGAGAUGGAGGAGGCGGAGGAGAGAAAGAAGGCGAGGGAGGCGAAGAAGCUGGCGAAGGAGGUUCAAGCCCAGAAGCAGAAAGAGAGGGCUAAGCAGAAGAAAGAGGGGAUAGAGGCCGUGAAGAAGUGGAGGAAGCAGAGGCAGCAGAGUGGAUUCGCGGGAGGCGAUAAGGACGGCGAACCGCCUUUCGAUUUCGAGGACGGGAAGGCUUUCGAGAGGUCCGGAAAGAAGAGGCCUGGUGUGGCCCCGGGAGAUCGGUCCGGAGGGAGAUCGAGGCAGGGUGGCGGUGGCGGCAAGGGAAGGAAGGGAAUGGACAAGAAGGUGAAGAAGAGGGAAACGCGAGACUCCAAAUUCGGGUUCGGGGGGAGGAAAGGCAUGAAGAAGCAAAACACUGCCGAGACUACCAAUGACUUGAAAGGCAUCAAGCAAAGUAAUGCCUCAGGAAAUAAGAAAAGGAAGAGGUGAUUGCGUUCUGGUAUCAUUCCCAUUCUACCGAGUCGUUGCGGAAGCAUGUGCAAGACAACUCUGUGGUAGGGGAAUGCUUUUUGAAAGCUUGCGGAGCGUAUAUGAUGUAGUGUUCGCGCUCAUACUUUUAGCUGCUGAUGCAGGAUAAGAAGUUUGGUUUUACUUUUGCUUAUUUGAUUUGAUUAUGUAGAACAUAGCCUUCUCUAUGUGAGUUAAUGCUGUUUUUGCUCA